AUGUCGACGACGACUCAGACGACAACGUCCCGUAUCACGGCCUCGGAGCCAGAGGGCCUUGAUAAUGACAGUCGGCUGGAGACCUUUGCGAUUCCUGGAAGUCGUGUGAUACACGGCAAAGUCUUCCCACUUGGUAUUCGAGUCAAGGAUGGGCAGAGCUUCACCUCAGCAGCCGAGGCAGCUUCAUAUCUGGAGACAAUCGCACGACGGGGCCUUUGGAAUGAUCUUCUCCGCGAUCAUGGCGCCUUGUUGCUUCGCGGAUUUCCCACUGCCAACGCUUCAGACUUCGACAAAGUUGUGAAGGCUUUCAAGCUUCCACAACCUCACAGAGAGAUCGGUCUUGCGGGAAAGAGAUCAAUUGUCACUGGAGCCAUCAAAACGGCGAAUGAAGAGCCACCGGACGUCAAAUUCUACUAUCAUUCCGAGUACGGUCGAAGCGCACAUUUCCCUGGUGUCCUGUUCUUCUUUUCGGAAAUCGUUCCUGACCAAGGUGGACAAACACCUUUGCUGUCGUCGUUGGAAUUACACGAUCGGCUUAAGGAAGAACUGCCAGAUUUCCUGCAUGAUCUGACCACAAAAGGAGUACUCGGUCGACAGUAUUUCCCAGCCAGAGACGAUCCUGAAGCUGAGCAUAUUGGGUGGAACUGGAAGGAUUCGUACGGCUUCGACAUCCAGCCAGGAGACACGAAAGAAGUCCAACGGCAAAAGGUGGAACAAGUCCUGAAGGACACACUCCAAGCAGACGCUGAAUGGCAGCCAAACGACGCCCUCCAUGUGCUGCAGAAUCUGCCGGCCAUUCGCCGCGUUGCCUCCACAGGCGAACUUUCAUUUUUCAACGGUUUUGCUGGAGUCUACGGCAGAGCACGAGACUGCCGAGCCUUGGAACCUCCUUACAAAGGCGUGGACGGGAAAUACCAUCUCCCCACGACUUAUGGCGACGGAAGCACCAUUCCAACGCGCUCCCUGGAACGUCUCCUGGAGCUUUCGGAUGAAAUUGGAUUCUUGGUUCCGUGGCAGGCUGGAGAUGUCGCAGUGAUCAACAACUACACUGUUCAGCAUGCCCGCUCACCAUGGGUGGGUAAGCGAUCAUUACUCGCCAGCCUGUGGGAUGGUAAUGAGAAAUUCGUACCGGUAUGA